AUGACUACUCCUGCUCUUGCUCCUGCUCCAGCCCCAGCUCCAGCUUCUACUCCAGAUCGCGUUCCAGCCCCAGCUCCUAUGUUUGUUCCCUUUAGGUCGGGCUUGGGUAUAGCUCUAGACGCAGCUCGAGCUCUGGUCCCUGUCCCAGCUUCGCCUCCAGAUUUAUGUUUCAGUUUCCUUAACCCUGUCAGAUUUCCGAAACUACCAAGUAUGAAGUUGAGGCGCUAUGUAGCCUGGCUACUAAGGGAGGCCGAGGUACCAGCCUUUCCAUGGGGCCCCGAGAUAACGCGGAUAUACGGAAGUGAGAACAAAUUCCAAUACCACCUCUGGGCAGUAAAGGAUGAGGAAAUGGAGAAGGCCGUGCAAGUGCUCGACAAGGCUGGAUUGCCACCCUGCAAACAUGGCCGUCGUUGCAAGGUCUUUGACCCUCAGUACACUGAACUUCCAUUUCCCGACCAUCAUUACCACACAGACCACAAUUAUCAAGUAAACGGUGUCACUAAAGGUGUCUAUCUGUACCGGAAGUCCCGACUUUUCCCAUCUCUCCCUGAUCCGCCGCUUGACGAUCCGGAGCCUAAGGACCGAUGCUAUAUGCUCAGUUCUGACAGCCGGUUUCCGGACUGGAACAUUGACCCUGCUGAGCGCUUGUCUGAGCAAAAGUACCCUGUUACUAUUCCUACGCCUGCCAGAUAUUUGGAAGCCAUCUGUCUGCUGGCUGUCCGUUAUAGGGAAGGGCAGCAUUCGAGUGCAUUUUGGGACGAGGAAGAAGACCGGAUGAUGGAUCUCCUGGGCGAUAGGUUUGUCGAUGUACUACAAUUGAGUGACCUUGACGAGCCAUGGCAUGAAUAUUGCAGGCGAAAUGUUGACCGCAUUUAUAGCGACCGUGUGGAUGACUGGUGUGGUCGUAAAUACCAGGCCCUGAUCUAUGCUGAUCUGAAGAAAAAGGGCCAGCUUCAAUCACCUGAGACAAAGGAAAUCUUACGUACUAGAUGGUUGAGCGGAUUCUUCUCGGAACUUGCAAAGGCUCAGGGUCUGUCCCCAGAUGCACUAUUGAAGUGA